AGGUUAGGUUGUGGUUAUGUUUAGUAGUGGUAACAAUGCUGCUAUUUUCCCGCUUAUCUUUUGUUAUAUUUUAAUAUUUUUUAUACUUUAAAUAGAAAGAAAUAAAAAAUGUGUUUAUAAAUAUUUAUAGCUUUUUUAUAAAGAUAUUAUUGAAAAAUUAAGUCAAAUGAUUUUUGUGAAAGAUCAAAUUUUUAAAUGUGUAAUUAAAGUUUUAUAAGGAAAAGUUUUUUCGACAAUAAAGGAAAAUUCUUGCCUGUAAAAUGAGUCUCGAAACAGAUGCAAUUUCUUGUUCGCAAAUGGCAAAUAUGUCCAAAGAUAAAAUAAAUUUUACAAUAUUUCCAACUAUUGAGAACAAUCUUGAUCGACAGGAAAAAAUUUCUAUAAUGUUUCUCUCAACAUCAGAGAAGAAUUUAUUGCAAGCUUAUAAAAUUAUUACAGACUUACUGGAAAAAUAUGAAAAUAAUGUACUUUAUCAAUGGUUCUCAAUGGAUAUUAAUAAAGAAAAUUGGGAAGAAAAACUCUUGGAGUCAUUACUAUUAAUAAAGAAUUUUCAAGUCAUUAGGGAAUUGGGUUUCACGGGGUCUGAAGAAGAACUUUUUAGAAAACAAUUUCAAAUUAACGAAAGGGAAGUUUCCCCUAAUUUAAACAGAGUAUUGAAAUCUCUUUACUUUUUAUGCGACGAUCUUAGCGACGAAGAGACAAAAAAAUUAGUUAGUCAAUUUGAAGGAAUUGAUAUUCAUCAUGAGGAACUGGAAUUAUAUUUACUUCAUUGGAUCCAAAUUAAUUGUAUUACUGUUUCAGAGUCGAGUGGAAAUUUAAAGACACUUCUACAACAUCUGAAAAAAAUGCAUUUUGACAUUGACAGUAAAACUUAUUUAAGUUUAGAAAAUUGGAAUGAAAGAGAAAAAAGAAAUGAAAUCUCAAAAAUUCCAAGGAAUAUGCAAGACGCCUUGCAAAGCUUAGAUAACAGUUUACCGAUGGAUGACAGUUUUACUGAAACGCGAGUUAAUAAAGUUGUUCAAAAUAAAGAUGAAAUUUACGAUUUUAAGAAAGGUCUUUGCUUUAUUAUAAAUGAAGAAAAAUUUGACACAAGGUGGGGUAAGCGAGAGGGAUCUCAAAAAGAUGUUGAAAAGUUAAAAGAAACUUUCGAAAAAUUUGGAUAUGACAUUAUCGUUGAAAAGAAUUUGACGGAAAAAGAAAUUCGUGAAAAAUUAAAAUCUCUCAGCAAUUACACAAAAAAGAAUUACGAUUGUAUUGUUCUUUGUAUUUUGAGUCAUGGCGAGAAAAGAACGAUUGUCACGAAAGAUGGAAAAUCUUUGUCGCUUGAUGAUAUAAGAAAUUUAAUUUGCACUAUGCAAUUAAAAAACGUAGUGAAAAUCGUAUUAGUCCAAGCUUGUCAAGGGGAGUAUUUAGGUCACGAUACAACUGAUGGACCUUCGUCAGAGGAAAUUUUAUCUGUUAGCGAUAGUCCUUAUAAACAAAGCACACACAAAUUGAUGAACAACAUUCAAUUCGCUGAUUUAGCAAUGUUUGUUGCGACUAUUAAAAAUUUUAAAAGUAUUAGAAACACCGGCCAAGGUUCCUGGUUUAUUCAAACAUUAUGUAAAGUACUCGAAGACGAAGAAAGAAUCACGUGGAAAAAGUUGUCCCUUAAAGUCAAAAAUAUAGUUUCUAAUCAAAGAGGAGAAGUCUGUGAAGGCAAAAUGCGAUACCCGAAUAUUACUCAAAUUCCAGAAAUUGUUGAAGAUAGUUUAACUAAGGAUUUUAUAUUUCAGAAAAGGAAUGCAUUUCCAUGGAUAAACGAUUAUACAUCCUUAUUAUUAAUCAAAUGUCUCACUGGAAAUUCUUUUAAUUUUAAAUUUUCCUGCAGAUUUUUUGUCGCCAAAAGUAUGAAAACCAAUAAUACAAAGACAAUCUAUUCAAAAGUAGUCUCUGACUUUAAUUAAGAAUGUUUAUUACACUGUAAGAAAUUCUUAUUGUAAAUUCAUACGACCCACGUUAUACAUAAAAGUUACAAUCGAUCAACGUGUGAAUUUUGCUGUCUUAUAAAAUUCUCGUCUUAUAUAAAAUUUCAACAUAAAGCUAUACUAUUUUAUAUAAAAAUUAAUAAUUGCAUUGAAAUUUACUGGAAACAUGUAAAAAAAUUUAUCAAAACAUUGCGCAUGCGCAUAAAGUGCGGCAUAUAUUAUGAUACUAAAAGUAAGGAAAUAAAGAAAAAUAAAAAAACUUAUGUACUGAAAGAAAGAUAUUUUAUACAAUAAGGGGACAUACGCUCGCCUACUUGCUCUAAAGACAGUCAAACGAUCAAAAAUGUGAAAAAAAUUAAAAAUCGAAAUUCUAUUUUUUGAAAAGUAGAAUCUUAUAGGAAAUUAAAAAGAGCACCUUUUUUCUUUCGAGAUAUUUUGAUAAAAUUAAUAUUUUAUUAAAUAAUUAUAAAAAACUUAAAAAUUUAAA